CACCUUGGUUAAGUCAAGGAGAAACUGAAAAAUCAUAUCUCUAUUUAAUUUAUGACAAUUUAUCUAAUGACAAUAGUACUAAUAAUAGUUCUAGUUCAGUUAGUAAUGAUGAUAAUAUACUUCAUAGUGAAGCUCAUUUGUCUUUUGUUGAUGAUCUUAAUAGUCUGUUACAAAAAGUUCAUGCAGUCAUCUUUUUAUUUUUAGAUGAGCUUUGGGAUAUACCUUCAGAUUUAGCUUUAGCACCAAAUCAAUUUGAUCAUGCUAAAAUAUUACUUGAGCAAUCUUAUACCAAAAUGAAAACGGCUUUUGAAUUAUUAAAUUUAAAUAAUCUUUCAAGUGAAUCGGCAAACAAUCCAAUCUAUAAUAACAAUGACGAUAAUGAUUUUUUUAGUCAAUUAAAGACUACACCCCGUCAAGCAUUAGAACUAAUUGAAUUGAAUGAG